CGCCCCGCCGCCGCGCCGCGCCGCGCAGCGCCGCGCAGCGACCCUCCGGGCUCCGGGGGCCUCUAACGGUCCCGCGCCCCUGCGCCCGCGCCCCCAGCGAGGCCGAGCCUGCGGCCAUGGGCGCGACCCGGGCGGCGGAGCUGCUGCGCUCCGAGCUGUGGGUGAAGCGGCAGCGCUGCGCCGUCAGCCUGGACCCCGCGCGGGCGCUGCUGAGCUGGCGGCGGAGCCCGGGGCCCGCAGCCCGAGCCGCCGCGGAUGCCUGGUCUGUGCCUGUGUCUGAGAUCAUCUCUGUGGAGGAGACAGAUGUGCCAGGGAAACAUGCCUCCAGCGGGAAGUGGCAGAAAAUGGAGGCACCCUACGCCUUCACAGUGCACUGUGUGAAGAGAGCCCGGCGGCACCGCUGGAAGUGGGCGCAGGUGACCUUCUGCAGUGCCGAGGAGCAGCUGUGUCACCUCUGGCUGCAAACACUCCGGGAUCUGCUGGAGAAGCUGACAUGCAGACCAAAGCAUUUGCUUGUGUUCAUCAACCCAUUUGGAGGCAAAGGAAAAGGCAAGCACAUCUACGAGAGGAAAGUCGCCCCACUCUUCACGUUGGCUUCCAUCACCACGGAAGUCAUUGUUACUGAAUGUGCUAAUCAUGCCAAGGAGAGUUUAUAUGAGAUCAAUCUAGAUAAGUAUGACGGGAUCAUCUGUGUCGGCGGGGACGGCAUGUUCAGUGAGAUCCUGCAAGGUCUCAUUGGCAGAACCCAGAGGGACUCGGGUGUGGACCAGAACCACCCCCGGGCUGCCCUGGUGCCCAGCCCGCUGCGCAUUGGCAUCAUCCCCGCAGGGUCAACAGAUUGUGUGUGUUACUCGACUAUUGGCAUAAACGAUGCGCAAACGUCGGCUCUACACAUCAUCGUGGGCGACUCGCUGGCCAUGGACGUGUCUGCUGUGCAUCGUAACAACACGCUGCUAGGGUACUCGGUGUCCCUGCUGGGGUACGGCUUCUACGGGGACAUCAUCAGGGACAGCGAGAAGAAACGGUGGAUGGGCCAUGCCAGAUACGACUUUUCAGGUUUCAAGACCUUCCUCUCACAUCACUGCUAUGAGGGGACUGUGUCUUUCCUGCCAGCACGUCAUACCGUGGGGUCUCCGAGGGAUGAGAAGCCCUGCCAGGCUGGAUGCUUUGUUUGCAGGCAAAGCAAACAACAGCUGGAGGAAGAACAGAAGAAGUCUUUAUAUGGCCUGGAGAAUGCUGAAGAAGUGGAGGAGUGGAAGGUGAUCUGUGGGAAGUUCCUGGCUAUCAAUGCCACCAACAUGUCCUGUGCUUGUCCCCGGAGCCCCAGGGGACUGUCCCCAGCUGCCCACUUGGGAGACGGGUCUUCUGACCUCAUCCUCAUCCGUAAAUGCUCCCGGCUCAACUUCCUGCGCUUUCUUGUCAGGCACACCAACCAGCACGACCAGUUUGACUUCACUUUUGUUGAAGUUUACCGAGUGAAGAGAUUCCAGUUCACAUCGAAGCCUCUGGAGGAGGAAGACAGCGACUUGCAGGAGAGGGGCAAGAAGCGCUUUGGGCAGAUCUGCAGUGACCACCCCCCAUGCUGCUGCCCUGUCACCCACAGCUCCUGGAACUGUGACGGGGAGGUUCUGAACAGUGCUGCUCUGGAAGUCAGGGUCCACUGCCAGCUGGUCCAACUCUUUGCUCGCGGAAUUGAAGAGACUGAGUAACACAGCUGAGACGCUGCCGCCACCACCGCCUUCCCGCCUUCCCGCCUCCCUGCUGUGCCUGGGACCCGUGAGCCUUCUCCCAGACGUGACUACAGACCAAUCAUGUUGACAUAGACAUUUCCAUUUAGAACUUUAUUUUUGAUAGUUAGAACUAGGUUUUAGAGAAAGAAACAAAACGAAAACCUGUUUGUCAGCAAUUCUGUGAACAUAUCUGGCAUUUCCAGAUCCAGGUGGAAUCUUAAGGUUUCAGGUCACAGGACUUAUUCUCAGCAAAUGGCACUUGAGAUUUGGGGGGUGCUGCCUUCUUAGGUUUUAACAACCCCCCACAGCAUAGAUUCUAAAACAGCUGUUUAUCGGCUCUCAUGGCAAUAAUUUUAGGAACACAGUGAGGACUUUCCCAUCCAGGUCCCAGUACCUGCCGGGUCACUCUGAUCCACUUUGCAAGGCGACUUAGUCCUGUGGUUGUUUUGUGACUGAGUUUUGGAAGGUAACUCAUCCUCUCUGCCUUCACUUGCCCAACCUCAUCGUCAUUUGUGACCAGGGCAUUACUGCUUGGCCCUCCUUGUACCUGCAACCACCAUGCAGCCUCUCCUGCUUCAAGUGAUACUGCAGAGUUAGACCAUUUUAGUGAGUGAGAAGACACCCAGAUAAUAAUUGUUUGCCAUCCAAAUCUGAAUUCUUGCUUUCAUCAUAGAAGCUCUAAGACAAUUCAUAAAGACAUCCGGAGCUCGAGCGCUGGCAGUGAGUAGCAUACAAAGCAUUAGCAAGAGUUGAUGCUCUCGAAUGCUAGAAUUUCAUAGUAUAGAUGCUUUCUAAAGCCAAUGCCAAGUGGGUAGCAUCACUGGGCUUCAGGAGGGACAGGGAGAGACUGGCAUACCCUUGAUAAAGCCUGCUUUGUGAAUCUCGGGGUAACUUAGGGGAGAGGAGGGCCAGGGGAUCACUUUGGUGCAGGCCCUGAGUCUAUACUCAUGGUCCAGAUGUGUUCUUUUCAUCACACUUCUUUUUAUAUAUUUAUUUGAGUUUUGUCCUUUUGAACCAGAACCGUAUAUGUGAUGUCUUCACUGUUUGCAUUUGGUGUGUUUCAGUACUGGGGCUGCACACCCAGAACCUCCCUGCAGACAUUCCUCCCACCCCUGGAGUCCUCAGUGACUCCUGCCUAGGUUUUCUUUGUCCCACGGGCAGGUGUGACAAGAUGGUCUAGGAGAGCUUCAUGUCAAGAAAUAGAUGCAGCUUAGAUUUUGAUUUGCAAAGAGAAGGAAGCUUGACUGUUACAAGAACAGACUGUAUAAUGUCACGUGUUCAGAGUGGAUUUUACUCUGUGUAGGACCCAUGAGUCACCGUAGCAUUUAACAGAUCCUCCUCUAUUUUUAGAGUUCAUUUGCAGCGAUUUCUAUUUUGACGGCGGACCCAUGAAAUUUCUUAUUUCAUUGUUCGGUCAGACACAGGGCAGCUCGAACAGUAGUUCUUAAUCAAACAUGUGAUUUCGGUCAUUGUACGAGGCACACAGUUCAACGACUGGUGGCUAGAGGAGUCUGGGUAGACAGUAAGCACGCUGGCUGCCAAGUUUCUAAUGUGGACCACCUGGUUGGGAAGAGACCAAAAAGGUGAUGCUGGCAGCUGUGUGAGGGAAUGGUGGUGACACCCUCAGACUUCAGGGGAGAGAGAGGAACCCAGAGUGGCUCCACUAGCAGGACCCUGGGGUAGUAGCAUACUGCGUGAGGUUCCUCAGAAACAGGCUUCAGUCCUCCCCAUCCCUGGUGAAUGUUUCCGUUAGAUGACUAGGUCUGCCUUGCAGUCCACCACCAGCUUCAGAAAGCCAGGCCCCCAGACAGCACUGUGUGUUCAGCAAGAGCCCAGCCAGGGCUGCGGGGACGGGCAUACUUACCUCAAGAGGACUGCGGGACCCUGUGCCCACCCAGCACGCAAGUACCCAGCAGACAUUCCUACAUGAGGGCCUGCUCUCCCUUGCAGAUGGUGGAGGGAGCAACUAGAGCACUUUACUUUGGGGCUUAAAAUUUUAAAAAAUCUUGGAAAAAAAAUUUUUUUUGGAAGGGUUGGUUUGUUUUAAUUACCUUUGUGGUUUGUUGGUGUAAGGCCACUAGGGGGCAGCCAUGCGCCGCACCCAGCUUGUUCUGCUGACUGGGUGCUGGGCCUCUGCUCCAUGGGCUGGUUCCGUUUAGUUCCUCACUGCCAUCAUCUUGCUUAACUGGGAAGUCCGGGUGGAGAAGGUGACUUCAUUUCUGUCCUAAUCUUGCUGGUUUCAAGAUUAGAUCUGUGAUGUUUGAAAAGACUAAAAUAAAGUUACUUCAGGCAA